UACUUUUUACUGCAAGCCAGAACUGGAUGUAAUAACGUCACAUGUUGUUUUUCUCUCCAGCGCAAUCACGGUGGUGUUAUUUGGUGCUUAACUGUUGCAGACAGCGGGAGGGAAUACCUGUGUCGGGUAAUGGAAUAAUUAAAGCGGAUUUACAUUAGUUUUUUCGGUGCUUUGGAAAAUAGCACAAACAACUUCUCUAAAAGUAAGUAAAGCGUGCGCAUCAGAAUGGCGAGUCCUCCAACGAGUGGAGGACAGAUGUUGUCUAAUGUGACCAAUAACAGUAAUAACAUUAAGAAAUGUGGAUAUCUAAAGAAACAGAAGCAUGGACACAGACGUUUUUUCGUGUUGAGAGAACCCAGCGAGAGCUUUCCUGCCCGGCUGGAAUACUACGAGAGCGAGAAGAAGUGGAAAAACAAGUCGGCUGCUAAAAGGGUGAUACUGCUGGACUCAUGUCUUUGCAUAAACAAGCGAGCUGACUCUAAGCACAAACACCUCAUCGCCUUUUACACCAAGGACGAAUACUUUGCAGUGGCAGCCGAAAACGAGCAGGAGCAGGAGAGCUGGUUUCGAGUGUUGUCGGAUAUGAUCGAAGAGGGGAAAGUCUAUGACAGCCCCACGUCUAAUUCCACCUCUCUUUUCUGUUUCGAGGAGGCGAAUUACGGUAUGAUCACGCCAACCACUGCAUUUCACAAGGAGGUAUGGCAAGUGAAUUUGAAGUCUAGAGGACUGGGUCAAACAAAACAUUUGAUAGGGGUGUUUAGGCUGUGUUUAUCCAGUCGGACUAUCAGCUUUGUGAAACUGAACUCGAAGGUUGCGGCUGUCAGUUUACAGCUCAUGAAUAUCCGGAGAUGUGGCCACUCUGACAGCUUUUUCUUCAUCGAGGUUGGUAGGUCGGCUGUCACUGGCCCCGGUGAGCUCUGGAUGCAGGCUGACGACUCGGUGGUUGCGCAAAACAUCCACGAAACCAUCCUGGAGGCGAUGAAAGCCAUGAAAGAGCUGUCAGAAUUCAGACCUCGCAGUAAGAGUCAGUCGGCUAGAACCAACCCCAUUUCAGUGCCCACAAGACGCAACUUGAAUAAUCUUCCCCCAAGUCAGACAGGGUUGGUGAGGAGGUCGAGAACAAACAGCAUAGUGGCCACAUCCCCAAUGAGCAAGUUCACAUCUUGUCGGAUAAGAACUGCUAAUGGGGGGGAUGGCAGCAUGGUCAGGCCAGUGUCUAUGUCAAUAUCUAUGAGCGGGAGUCCCACCAGUCCCCUCUCCAACCGGAUCCCCCUAAGCCGGUCAAGUACGCUCUCCAGCGGACGCAUUUGCCGGAUACUGGAGUCCAGCCUCCAGCACAGCCGCUCCUUGCCCGUUUCCAACUCCCCCCCCUCAGUCUGCAGUUCCAUCUGCCUCUCUCCCAUGAGUGGGACCCUCCCCACCCCUGAUGCGGUCCACCGCCCCUUCAGCUGCAGCGCCUCCAUCUCAGGCUCCCUCAGUGACGCAAGCUUUAUGCUAUGCGACGAGUACAGCUCCAGCCCAGGCGACACCUCCAGGCUCCUACCCCUCACCAGGAGUGACACCCACGACUCCCUCUCCAGCACUCCCCCCUCCUGGGAGGCCAACGACCUGUGUGGCUACAUGAUUAUGGACAGGACGAAUGACCAACAGCGGGCGUGCCAGGAGGAGGACCUGACAUCGCAGAAGGCGUACAGGAAGAGGACAUACUCUCUCACCACACCACGCCAACACAGGGUGCCCGCUCAGCUGUCGUCUGCCUCGUUGGAUGAGUACACCCUAUUGUGGGCUGCCCACCACAACAACAGCGGGCACCACUCCAGAAACAGCUCCAUCUCCGCCUCCCCAAAGAGAGGCGAAUCCAACGGUAACCUAGGAGGGGACGAUGGCUAUAUGCCUAUGAUGACGGGUGUGGCAGCGCCGCCCGGGGGAAACAACAGCAAGGCAGACGCUUACAUGCCCAUGAGCCCCAUGUGUGUCUCGGCUCCCAAGCAGAUCAUCAACCCCGGGGCCCAAAUCCACCAGGACGGGGGCGGCUACCGGACCAACUCACCCAGCAGCGGAGGCUCCUUGGAGGACAGCGGCUACAUGAGGAUGUGGUGCAGCUCUAAGUCGUCCAUUGAAAGCCCUGACAGCCGCUCGACCUACAUGAACAUGUCCCCUAGCAACGCUGCUUACACCACCUCGCAGACCUCCCCGGACUACUUCCUGGAGCAGCUUCUGGGUGGUGAGCCUUCCAUCUACUCCGCAGACUCCCUGCCGUGCCCCACCAAACUCCACCAGACUUCCAAGGAGGUGGGGGACACUAAUGACCAAUACGUCCUGAUGAGCCCCCAAGGCCAUCAGUCGCUAGGUGGGGAGUCAGACGACUACUACUCAGUGAUGACCAAUGCGGCCACGCUCAACUCCUCGGUGCCCUCAGCCAUCAGACAGAGCCGGGGAACUGAGAGCCUGACGUCCCACCAGGGGAGGAUGGGGCGACCCAACCGGCUGUCUCUCGACAGCUUUAGGAUCCUGCCCAGCAUGAACGAGCACCUCUUGCCCGGGGAACCUAGGAGCCCGGGCGAGUAUAUCAACAUAGACUUCAGUGAGAGCACCAAGUACUCCUCUCUGUCAGCAUCCAAUGAGAGCCAGGAGUCGUCUCCGGGCUCCAUCGGCAGCCAGCCGAGGUCCCCUCUCUCCGACUACGUGAACCUGCACCACAUCGUCUCGCACUCACCCAAGGCCGGAGACACCCCUGCCGGACGGUUGGACACGGUCCCUGAGUUAUCCCUGUGCCCUUGUCUGGAUGGGGAGGGAGUGUACCAUCUCCGAUCGAAGAGGGAUUCCAAGUGCCCCCUGAGAGGCAAGGAUGAGUACACCGAGAUGACAUUUGGACUUGGAAUGGCCAACAAGCCUCCCCAGUUCGUCCCUCAGACCUCAGCAAGCCCCAGUGCCAGAGAGAAGAGGCUAUCCCUGGGUGAGCAGAGCCUCCCGGUGGGCAUUGGGGUAUUCCUCCUUGGCGCCGUCAACCCCGUGGAUCCUGACAAGGCCGCCAAGGUGAUCUGGGCCGACCCCCAUGGGCGCAGGCGGCACAGCUCCGAAACCUUCUCCUCUACGGCUACCGUCACCCCUGUGUUCCCCUCGUUCGCCCAUGGGAAUGCCAAACGCCACAGCUCGGUGGAGAACCUGUCGGUGCGGAGCAGCGAGGGCUCAGACGAGGAGAGUGACAGCCCCAUGAUUAGAGAGAACUCUGCGGGCUUCCAGAAUGGACUGAACUAUAUUGCCCUGAACCUAAUGGAGAACCGGGACAGGGACAUGCAAGGGAGCCCUCCAUGGAUUACACGUCGCGCCGUAUGUCUGUUUGGGGUUCAAGGAGGCGGCAACCACUGUCAAAGACUGAACAGGACAGUGGAUGAUCCAAGCCCUCAUCAUCCAUGCUCUGAGAUGGACAGUCAUACAUUGGGGGUGGCCGAGACAACCUGCUGCUGUAAAUUAACUCGAGAAGUAAGGCUGUGCCUCAUAUGACCCAACAAACACCCCCACCAUGGCUAACUCCCUUGCCCAUGGACGGGAAUCCUAACUGGUGCUGUCCCAGAGACUCUGUACUAAAAAGGAGAUGGGGCCAGAGGCUCCUGUAUAUGGGGGACCUCUGUAUGUGUCUAGAGGCUAUAUUUCUGGCUCUGUUUAUCUGUUUUGAAUUUUCCCUCUGGUUUUUGGUUUUGUCUCAUGGACUGUGAGUAGCCUGUCUGUUGACCCACAAGACAAGACAUGUAAGGCACAGUACAUGUACUUACACCCUCCUCAAAAGAUUUGUCAACACCCCCCCCCCCCCCCCCCCCCAACACACACACACACACACACACAGCAUGCAUAUAUUAUUUAUUUACUUACAUGAGUAUGGAUGGGUCGACGUUUGUGUGUGUAAAAACAGACACCAUGAUAGUUUCAGUAACACAUUCGCUAGCAAACCAUUUAAAAUACUCCAAUCCCUACCUCAGAAAGAGCAAGGCCGCAUACUGAGUAAUGUAUAGAUAUAUUUAGGUUGUAUUUAUUUUGUAAUGUUUCAUAAAGACCAGCCCAAAGCCUUACUGUCUUUAAUGUAUUUGUAAGGCACAACAAAGACAAUCUGAUUUAUUCUUCUGAUAUUAAAGUAUUUUCUUAAUUCUAAUUUCAUGCUAUAUGAUACUAUUUAAGAGUAUUUAUUACUAGUUCCAGUUAUGAGGUGAGAAAUACAUAUUAAAGUACAUUAAUGUAGUAAGGAUGCAAAGAUGUUGGUCUGUGUACUUCCUAGUAGUAGUCAGAACUUCAACUAACCCAGGCAUUUACUGUAUUUGCAAUGCAUUACCCAUAUCCCUAGCUGUAACCUGAUUACAUGAUAGAACAUCUCAAUGAUUUAGUUUUGGGGGUAGAACCACACGAUUUGGAGUCAUGGGGAUUGCCACAGUCACUGCUGGUGUAAGCACGAGGAGUACAUAGUGCCAGGGUCCUGUUCAUUAGGCACCAAACGGAUGAAAAUGAACUGAAACAAGGGAAGACUACUUGGACUUAUAAAUGUUUGGUGCCCUAAUGAAUUGUGCCCCAGUUUUCUCACACAUUUCUCACAACUCAUUAGAUUGUAACACACUAGCGACACAUCUGAAUGUAGUAGAGCACUUGAUGUAGUAGAAACGACAAUUGAAAAUUAAGUGGGAGGGGGAGACAUUUAUCAAACUGUAUUAUUUAAUAUGUACUACACAUGAAGUAUUUUCUCUGCAGGCUUUUUUUGUGUAGAUUAUGUACAUAAGAGUUUAUCUGAAAUAGGAUGUGGAUAGUGAAGAUAAAUUUAGUCAUGUUGCAAUGAAAUUACUAAACAAUGUAAAGAAAAUAUUUUUGAAAAUUAUAUGUUUUUGGAUUGCAAUGUAUGCCUUUACCCCCUCACAUUUACUUGUGAAUAAGUCUAUAAUAUUUAAAAAUAUAAUUACCUUCGGUAUAUUUAGUUAUCUUUGCCUUGUUGACAACACUUUACCCAUAUGGCAUAUUCAAUAGUGAAACACAUUAACUUAGUUUGUAACCAAAUGUACACAUUGUGUUGAUAUAUAUUUUAAGUUUUUGAAGAAAGGAAUUAUUUUGCUCUUUGUAUAUCUCUUUCUACCUACUUUUGAUGCUAUUUUUUGUCACUGGAAACAUAUAGUGUAUAUAUAUUCAACAGUGCGCUCACUUUUAGUGUAUAUCUACUGUUUCUUACUCGAAGAUUGAAAUGUGAACUAUAUUGAGAUGGCA